AUGUCAGGAAGAAAGAGAAGUGCCGAUUUCGAUGAUGAUGGAUAUCGUGAUUUUAGACCACGUAUGCCUAAGAGACAAAGAGUUCCACCGGUGGUUCAAUUAUGUAAGGAAAUGAUGCCUGAUAUUUGCACUAUUGGUGAAUCUGUAAAGGCAUUUGAAGAAGAUAUAAAAUUUUUAAGUGAAGCAAUUAUAAGUGAAUUUGGUCAUGAGGAAUAUUUCAAUAACGCUUUACUAUCUACAUUUAAGGCUGUCAUAUUUGAACAACCACAUAAGCAACCUUCAAUUGCUCUGUUAACAAUGGUAGUCAACACUCAAAACCAAGAAGCUGGUAAAAGUAUUGUUAAUUUCUUUGUUGCUGAACUGCAACAACUCAUUAACGAAUCUACAAACGAAGAUUUCAAAGUAGCAUCAAAUGAAACCGGUCCAUGGAAUAGAUCCAAAUUAAUUAUUAGAUUCUUGUCAUUAUUAUCGCCAAUGAUCUCACUUGAUGAUUUAAUGAACUUAUACAGAUCUUUUUUCAAUUUGGCAAUCGAAUUGAACAACAUUGAAGUUGAUAAGAGGAAUCCGUUAUCAGAAGCUAUUUACAGUAAUACCCUCAUAAAUAUUCCAUAUUUAUUCUUUUUUAAUAGAGCCAAUGAAGUGUUAAAAUCAAAGGUGGAAGAAUUAUUAAUAUAUGUGGAGACAUCUUAUCAACUUCGUGUAAAUGAUAUUCAAUUAUUAGAUGAGUAUAAUGGUCAAAAUCCAAUUCCAAGAGUGGAAUUGAUUCAAGUCAUCUUAAGCAACGUAAAGAAAGCACUUGCAAACAAUGCAGAACAGUUAACACAAUUAUUCCCAAAUUGGUUACACCUGUUAACGGCACAACCUGGUGACCAAGGAUUUAAUGAAGCUUUGAGAUUACCAGAUGUUGAAGAAUUAAAAGUAUUUAGUUCUUUUGACAAGGAUUUUGGUUCGAUCGAUAAUAUGUGGAAAACUCCAAGAUUCAAUUUCCAUGUUUACUUACCUACAUCAUCCAGUGAUUUUGAAACUAUUAUUCCAAUUACUACCUAUGCUGGUUUUCUAUUUAAAGAUAUUAUUUUAGAUAUUAUCCAAGGUAUGGAGUUUAAUAGAAAAGCUGUUGCCAAACAAGUCAUUAUGUUACACCAAUUUUUCAAGGAGGGUAUAUUUGCUGAAGCUGGUAUUUCAAUUGCUCAGUUAAAUCAACAAUUUGAACAAGACCCAUUGAUCUCGACAUUUAAGUUAGAAGAUUUGGUUAUUGAAACAAUUUUAAGUUUAAUUUUUAAGUUACCAACUGUUUUACAACCAUACGCUUACUACUAUACUUUGCUAGUUGAAAUUUGUCAAAAUUCUCCAAAAGCCAUUGCCCCAGUAUUCGGUAGAGCUUUCAGAUUCUUUUACACAAAUAUUGAUAACCUUGAUUUUGAACUAAAACAAAGAUAUUUAGAUUGGUUCUCAAUUCAAAUGAGUAACUUUAGUUUUUCAUGGAAAUGGAAUGAAUGGGAAGAAGAUUCUCAAAAAUAUGGCAAAACUCUAUACAAUCCUAAAAUGGUUUUUGCUAAAAAUUUAAUAAGUAAAGAAUUAAGGUUAACAUCCAACACCUUAGACGUUGAAGAAAGUUUAACUAAUGAAUUCAAACAAUAUUUAGACAAUGCCUAUGUUACCCGUGAUGAGUUAAUUGGAUAUUACCAGUCAUUCUUUCAUUCCUUUACAGUCAAUCCAGAAGACGUUAAAAAACAUGAUCUAUACUUUAUUCAAGAGAAUGUACCAAUCUCUGCGACAGUACGUAAGCUACUUGAUUACAUGCAUAAACAGGGUGAAAAUAAGGUAGUCACUGAACUUGAUGAAAUUAUAAAAGAAUUUAAAGAAGACUAUGGAAACAUUAUCGUUGACUUUGAUAGAUUUAUUGUUGCAUUAAUGAUUCAAUGUGUUGCCCACUCUGGUAGUAGAUCUUUAUCUCAUGCAAACAAAUAUAUCAGUGAUUUAACUGAAGAUAUUAAACAUGCAUUUUCUUCAUUGGAAAUUGACGAAGCUAAAAAAGAAUAUACUAUUGUUGAAGCAAUGCUAAGAUUUUGGAAUUCAAAUUCACAAACUGGUUUCUUGAAUACCGAUGCUCUUAGAUAUGCUGGCUUCAUUACCACUAAAUCAUUAUUUUCUUUCUGUUUUGAAGAAAGUAAUGGAAGAAAUCUUGGGUUAACUGAUGCCACUGCGGUUGAAAGUGUUUUGAGAAAUCUAUCUCAGGAUUCGGCUUUAACUUCAGGUAAUACAGAGAAUUUUGAAAACAUUUUUGAAAAAUUAUGUCUAAUUUUAAAUGACUGUGUUUCGAAGUUAGGUGCAACUGUUACUGAGGCAAUCGUAUUGCCUAUGUUAGAUGAAUCUGCAACCAGCUUCGACCCUGCUCUGUUACAACAAUUAGAUUUAAUAUGGAAAUACCAAACAGCAUUAUCAUUUAUUAAGAGUAUAUUAAGAAAGUAUUCUAAGGAGUAUAAAUUAUUAAGUGAAAAAUCAAUCUUGGGUUAG